AUGCAACAGACAAAUAGCGAACAGCUUCGCGUCAUGUAUAACUCGAACGCCAUGAUGCAACCGUACAUGCUGUCUCAAUCGAUGUUUUCGCGUCCGACGACUCCUAGCUCAGCUGAGGCAACGGAAGAGGAGCCGGUGUACGUAAAUGCCAAGCAGUAUCAUCGUAUUAUGAUUCGUCGUCAACAGCGAGCGAAGCUUGAGGCAAAGCUUGGAAACAAUCGCCAACGCAAGGCAUAUUUGCACGACUCUCGUCAUAAACACGCCAUGCGGCGGCCGCGUGGCCCUGGAGGUCGAUUUCUCACCAAGGAUGAGAUUCAAGGUUUAAAAGAUGGCACAAUGGUGUUUGAAGACUUGCCGCGAAAGGCUGCCCCUAAGCUGCAGUAG